AUGUCGCUCUACCUUCACCUCCUUCGUCCUCGUAUUCGUCACCAAGUACUUAUUCUCGGUCCACAAGCGUACCAAUGCUAUCAGGGACAUGGUUGGCAAAAUGGAUCCGAGGUUUCCAAUCUCGAGCGCUACAAGCGUCUCCUCAGUCAACUAGGUGAAGCACCUGCAGACGAGAAUGUCAGCACGGUAUCGAAGAGCCGUAGGACCUAUAAGGAAAGGUUGGAUAAAGCGGAGAGGACACUUGUCGGUGUAGACGCGCUUCAUAGCGAGAUCACCAAGAAUUGGACGGUGGUGGAACAGCGCGUGCUGGGCCACGUUGUCUAUGCUCCCCCUAUUUCAGUCGCCACUGACCCCAAGCAGUUCACCGAAGACUGGGCAUUGGUCGAGCGUGACUGCGUAAAGAUCGAUUGGGAUGAUUUCAAGGGUAAUGCCCUGUAUAUCGAUACGUUCUUCGAGGAUAUUUACCAAGAAAAAGUUUCCGUCGCAGAGUUUCUUCAGCAACUACAUCCAAAUCCCGAGGAUCGUAACAUCUCUCCAUAUAUUCAUGACGAGCUUCUUCACCUUGAUGGCAUCGUAAAAGAGGAGGAUAUACGCAAACCACGCUAG